GUUAAAUUUGAUAAAUUUUAUCAGGAAAUGAAGAGUUCCACGAUGGUGAUGAUGUCAGAAUGUUUGUUGUGAUUGCAAUAUUGUUCAUUUGAAUUGUUUUACACGAUGUAUUCACUUUCACGUAACCACGAGCAUUGUAUUAUCAGCUUAAAAUCCGCCAGCUUUGUUAUUUUACUUGUAUUCAGUGUAAUUUUACAAGUAAAUUCAGAACCGUUCACUGCUGGACUCAGCGCUUUUGGAGCGGCUGGCCUGGCGGCAUUUUAUACUGUUGCUGACAGGUUAUGGUGUAAUUUUAAAGAAUGCUGUACAGAAAAAUACAUCCCAGCUAACAUCACAAGUCUUUCCAUGGAUUUACAGCAGAAAGUGUAUGGACAGCAUUUGGUGCAGACAGUGGUUUUAAAUACAAUUCAGGGUCAUGUGACCAACCCCAACCCCACAAAAUCCUUAGUGCUAUCAUUCCAUGGAUGGACUGGUGGAGGGAAAAACUUUGUGAGUCGUAUUAUUGCUGAUAAUAUCUACAUGAAUGGUAUGGACAGCAAGUACGUCCACUUGUUUGUUGCGACAUUGCAUUUCCCGCACAAAAAGGACAUUGACCAUUACAAGGAUCAGUUGAUUUCCUGGAUCAAGGGCAAUGUGACUCAAUGUCAAAGACAGUUGUUUAUAUUUGAUGAAAUGGACAAAAUGCACCCAGGAUUAAUCGACGUACUCAAACCCUUUCUUGAUCAUUAUCCGGAAAUAGAUGGAGUUGAUUACAGGAAAAACAUAUUUAUAUUCCUGAGUAAUACUGCUGGUAAUGACAUAACAGUGAAAACUUUGGAAAAUUGGAAACAAGGACAUGAUAGGAAAGACAUUACUGUUAAAGAGAUGGAUCAGCUUCUGAAUGUGAAUGCUUUUAAUGAAGCAGGAGGAUUAUGGCACAGUAACCUUAUUGAAAAACAUUUGAUUGACUUUUUUGUUCCGUUUUUGCCUCUGGAAAGGCAGCAUAUCAAAGAAUGCAUAAAGGAUGACUUGAAAGAAAAACGGUUAGUUGAAAAAAUCCAGCGAAGACUAGGACAAAGUGAAAUAGAUUCAGUCAUUACAGAAAUUGCAAAUGAACUUCAGUAUUUUCCCGAUGAGCAUAAGGUAUAUUCUAAGUCUGGAUGCAAGAGAGUCUCACAAAAAGUUGAUCUUGUUGUCGGAGAGAUGUUGGGAUUUUUGCAACUAAGGAACACUUUAUAG